UCCUAGUCUAUCCCAAGUUUCAUGAUAAGAAAGACUUGCACCUCUUUGAAAAAUCAAUUCUUGUCACAAAUCAAGAAGAGAGUAAAUAGUGCUUAGCUGACUCAUACACUGUUUGUGAUUCACGGUCAGGAUAAAUCGAUCAAGUUGUGCGUUCAUCAGACCUUCAAAAUUGGCAGUACAAACAACUCCAGCAGAGAACCAAAUUAGAAAAAAUAAAGGUAAAAACUUUCGAUUAAAUUUAAGAAAAUUCCAGGCAAGAGUGGUGGGGGUAAGUUUUAAUUGAUUUUCCAAUAUUUCUAGAAGAUGGGCUUUUCUUGGAAUGUACUUUUUCUUCUAGUCUUGGAAUUUUAAUCAGUGAAUAUUAUUUAUUUAUUUUGCCUUUUUUCCGCUGGAAUUUGUUUCAAAUCAAUCUCACAGCAAGUGUAUCUGGAAUUCAACUACGCCUGCUAUAUAUCACAUAUCUUGGUUUAUUUCUGUUCAGAAGUAUAAGAGUAAAUAUCUGAUCCGAGACGGGAUAAAUCAUUGAAUGAUACGAUAACUUUCUUUUCCCUGACAAUUAAAAGUGAACCAUGUCUUUAGUCAGACCUGCUGCAUUGUUUGGAAAUCAUGAACGUCAUUCACUGUGUGAAGGCAAUGAUUCCUCUGGCUUAUCAACAUCUGUAUUUAACUCGGACAAUCAAGGUAUAGUUUAUACCACUGAAUCUUGCAGAAGUGAGAGUUUUGAUCAGAAGUACUUCUUCGACUCCCCAUCAGAAGAACUUGUACACACAUCUGACUCCGAUGUCCUGAAAAAUGCAUUUCACCGGUCACAUUCCUCCUCUUUUGUGGUGUCGUAUGAUUUUGAUUACGAAUCAGAAUAUAUAAAUGGCCAAAGUCCGGAUGCUGUAGAAUAUGAUGAAGAUAAGAUAAAGUUGAAACUUCAAGAACUUGAGACAGUGCUUCUUGAUGAUAAUGCUACCAACGUUGAUGAUGCUGCUGCUUUUGGUACUGAUCAUAAUAUGGAAAUAGAUGGUGAAUGGUCCGACCAGAUCCUUAAUGGGUUGCUUCAUGAAUCGCCUAAGGAAUCUUCAUCAUCAGUUUCGAAUCCUAGUAGCAUCAGCAGCAGUAAGGAAAUAUCAAUUACCAAUUUGCAAACUCCAAAGCGCUUGCUUUUUGAAUGUGCUGCUGCAAUCCGAGUUGGGAAUUUUGAGGAAGCGUCAUUGAUGAUCAGUUAUCUCAGGCAGAAGGUCUCUAUCCAGGGAGAUCCGUCUGAAAGGAUCGCAGCCUAUAUGGUAGAAGCACUGACAGCCCGGAUGGCUACCUCUGGGAAGGGUCUUUAUAAAGCUCUAAAAUGCAAAGAACCCCCAUCUUCUCUUCGACUUUCUGCAAUGCAAGUCCUCUUUGAGGGUUGCCCGUGCUUCAGAUUUGGAUUCACAGCAGCAAAUGGUGCCAUUUUAGAGGCAUUUAAAGAUGAAACUAGAGUGCAUAUCGUAGAUUUUGACAUUAACCAAGGAAGUCAGUAUUACACGCUGCUGCAAACAAUGGCUAAAAUUCCUGGUAAUCGACCUCUCGUGAGAUUAACUGGAGUGGAUGACCCUGAAUCAGUUCAACGUUCUGUGGGAGGCCUAAAAGUCAUUGGGCAACGACUUGAGCAACUUGCUGAAGAUCUUCAGCUUUCAUUUGAAUUUCAAGCUGUGGCUGCUGAAACUGCUUUAGUUUCUCCAUCAAUGCUCAAUUGUCAACCCGGAGAAGCUCUAAUCGUGAACUUUGCAUUCCAGCUCCACCACAUGCCAGACGAGAGCGUAUCGACAGUAAACCUACGGGAUCAGCUUCUCCGUAUGGUCAAAGGCUUGAACCCAAAACUAGUUACCGUUGUUGAACAAGAUGUGAAUACGAAUACAGCCCCAUUCUUACCAAGAUUUGCUGAAGCCUACAAUUACUACUUUGCUGUGUUUGAAUCUCUUGAUGCAACUCUCCCACGGAAUAGUCAAGACCGAAUGAACGUAGAGAAACAUUGUCUGGCACGUGACAUCGUUAACAUUGUUGCAUGUGAGGGGGAGGAAAGAAUAGAACGGUACGAGGUUGCUGGAAAAUGGAGGGCAAGGAUGAGAAUGGCUGGUUUCAAUCCUUGUCCAAUUAGUCAAAAUGUGAGCACUGAAAUUCGAAAGGUCAUAAAGCAGUAUUCGAACAGAUUCAAGGUGAAAGAGGAGACGGGGGCCCUCCAUUUCGGAUGGGAAGACAAAAUCUUGAUAGUCACUUCUGCAUGGAGGUAAAACACUCAUAAUUUGGUCGAAGGAAGAAAAAGUUUUGGUGCAGUUGCACUUGCUUUUUAGUCGCAUGUGACUUUUUGACCCUGUUUUUUUGGAUAAUUUGAUACAUAAUAGAGGUAAUGUAUGAUCAAAGCAGUUGAUGAAAACUUCCAACUUUUGUGCUACUGUAGGUCCUUAACAGUAUUUAGAUGUGUAAUUGUAGACUUCUAUGCGCCACCUCUUGUUCGAAAUUUACUUAAAGAUCUACCAUUGGUUAUCCA